AUGGACUUUGCUGGACCUGUCGAAAGGGGUUCAUUCCUGGUGGUUGUUGACGCAUGCAACAAAUGGCUGGAGGUAAAACAAAUGGGCACAACGACAUCGGCGGCAGUUAUUGACACUCUGCGGCAGUUGUCUGCAACGUUCGGACAACCGCACAAGGUUGUCUUCGACAAUGGUACUUCGUUUGUGUCCAUGGAGAUUCUCAAGUUUUAUAGAGACAAUGACGUCUCGUCUAUUACGUCAGCUCCAUACAACCCGAUGAACAACGGGCAAGCCGAGCGCUACGUGGCAGAGCUCAAAUGUGCCCUCGCUAAAAAUCAGACUGGGACAAUGCAACGCCGCGUCACGCGCUUUCUCUUCAAACAGUACAACACUGUUCAAAGCUCCACAGGAGAAACACCAGGGAAACUGAUGUUUGGCGGAGAAAUACGAACCCAGCUGACAACAAUUGUUAAAGCCCUCGACAAAAAAAUUGUUCAAGGAAAAAAAAGCUAUCGUGUAGCAAGAGAAUUCAAAGUGGGCAGCACAUAUCUGCCUGCCAAUUUGACAGAGGGCCUAGCUGGGUUGAAGCGACGGUGCUCAAAACGCACAG